AUGGACGACACCAUGUGGGUGGCUAACCAGACUGGAUGGUCAGAUUUCAUCCUGGUGGGACUCUUCGUUCAAUCCAAUUACCCAGUUCUUCUUUGUGUGGUCAUUUUUUUGGUUUUCCUUAUGGCCUUAUCUGGAAACAUCAUCCUGAUCUUACUGAUACACUCUAAUGCUCACCUCCACACCCCUAUGUACUUUUUCAUUAGUCAGUUAUCUUUUAUGGAUGUGAUGUACAUUUCAGUUACUGUGCCCAAGAUGCUCAUAGAUCAGGUCAUGGGUACAAAUAAGAUUUCAGCCCCGGAAUGUGGGUUGCAGAUGUUUCUCUAUUUGACAUUAGUAGGCUCAGAAUUUUUCCUUCUAGCUGCCAUGGCCUAUGACCGCUAUGUGGCCAUCUGCCAUCCACUCCGUUAUCCUAUCCUAAUGAACCAUAAAGUGUGUCUCCUUUUGGUGUCUGGCUGUUGGUUCCUGGGAUCGGUGGAUGGCUUCAUGCUCACACCAGUCACCAUGACUUUCCCUUUUUGCAGAUCUCGGGAAAUCCAUCAUUUUUUCUGUGAAGUCCCUGCUGUAAUGAAACUCUCUUGUGUAGACACUUCCCUCUAUGAGAUACUUAUGUACCUAUGCUGUAUUCUCAUGCUUCUCAUCCCCGUGACAGUCAUUUCAAGCUCUUACUCUUUUAUUCUUCUCACCAUCCAUAGGAUGAACUCAGCCGAGGGUAGGAAGAAGGCUUUUGCCACUUGCUCUUCUCAUAUGACUGUAGUCAUUCUUUUCUAUGGGGCUGCUGUCUACACCUACAUGCUCCCCAACUCCUAUCAUACUCCAGAGAAAGACAUGGUUGUAUCUGUCUUUUAUACCAUACUCACUCCUGUCCUAAACCCUUUAAUCUACAGUCUUAGGAAUAAGGAUGUCACAGGGGCCCUGAAGAAAAUGUUGAAUGUUGGGUUUGUUUUUCAGGAAGGUAUGAAAUAG